CUUGUUCGAGUCAGAAUUUUAGUGGAGACUUAGGCCUUGGCACUCCGAUAAGGACCGUGGGGUCGAAGCGGAUAAGGAUGAUAGGUCCCUGCUGUGCGGCUUAAGAGUGCUGUACCACAGUAAACUACAGUACCCCUGACGGCUUCGCUGAGCAGCCCUACGGUUUCCGUCUCCUUGCUCUCAUACCACAGUACCGUUCAGGCGGUCACGAUGGAGGAACACACGGUCACAAUCCUGUUGCUAGGAGACGAGAGAUGCGGAAAGUCGACAUUGUUAUCGGGGAUAAGCCAGGGCCGCGAGAAUCUCGGCGGUAAAGCUCCCAUCACUUUGCUCCGAGACAUGGACCAGCCGUUUGUGUUCAACAUCCGCUCCCGCAGAGGCCAGUACCGCUUCGAGUUCCACGACACGUCCAGCCCCGAGAACUGGCGGCUGCUCCGGCCGGACAUGGUCAUCCUCUGCUACGACAUAAGCCAGCGGCUCAGCCUCAUCAACCUCCAGCGGGUGGUAUGUGCCUCCCUCUUCCCCCCUCUCCUUCCUCCAGACCUUCUUUCUUCCUGUGACUUAUCCGUCAAGCAGUGGAUCAAAGAAGUCCGGACAGUGUUCCCGUCCAGCGACGUCCUUCCCGUGCUGGUGCUGGGCCUCAAGCGGGACCUGCGGUCGGAGGACGACCCCAACGGCAUCAUCUACCCGCAGGAGGGCUAUCGCGUGGCGCAGGAGAUGCGCGCCGACAAGUACAUGGAGUGCUCGGCCGUCACGGGCGAGCUAAUGGCCGAAGUGUUCGAAGACAUCUGCACCACCGCCCUCAAGACUACCACGCCGGAGGGCGGGCAGAGCCAGGGAGGGUGCGCUGUUCUGUAGCGGCCUUCUCGCGGCUGCGUACUGGCAGGUGCACGAGCGCACGGGAAGGGUCGCUCAGUGGCCGUUUUCGACGGGCAGCGCGG